GUUAGUGGUCCUCCUCUUACUCGCUGACAGAAAUUAAGUAAUUACAAGUACAGGAGAUGGCAACAUAUUGGUCUGGGCCGUUCCUACUCCUGGGGUUGUUGAUCCUGCUAACCCCAUCAUGCGCGGUGCAGGUGGUCGCCAUGACUCCUGCAGUCUUCUUCUUUGGAGACUCAAUCUUCGACGUAGGUAACAACAACUACCUUGAUACGAUAGCCAAGGCCAAUAUACCCCCUUACGGUAUCAACUUCCCUGGCGGCACGCCUACCGGACGGUUUACUAAUGGCCUCAACAUUGCAGACUUCCUGUCUAUGCAGGUGGGAUGGAAGAGGAGCCCACCAGCUUUUCUAUCCCUCGCACGACGUGACUUUCCCAUGCGUAUCUUCAGUGGUGUCAAUUUCGCUUCAGGAGGAGCGGGCAUUCUAAACGAGACCGGCAUCAUCUUUGUGUUAAUUGAAAGUGUCAGCAAUAGGAAUUUAUACCACGAUGUGGUAACUAGCACCGGAGGCAAUGACAUCAUGCAAAAUCUUAAUCCCUCAAAUCCCUUGACCCCAGCCAAAAGGACGAGAUGGUCGCGACUAUUACCUCAAUCUACAAGGCACAUUUACAGCGGCGGUCCGAGAAAGUUUGGGAUAAUGGGUAUGUCAAAUACUGGGUGUAUCCCGUCGCAGAGGUGGCAGAACGAUACUGGGGGCUGCAUGGAGGAACCGAACGACGUGGCCCGCAGGUUCAAAGUUGUCAUGACAAAUGUGAUGCAAGAUCUUUCCUCAGAGCUGGGGGAAAUGACGUACUCGUGUUUCGAUGGAAUUCACCUGCCCCCAGUUGGGUUCGCCGAAAUGGACACUGCUUGCUGCGGAUCGGGCAAAUUGAAUGGCGAGAGACCUUGCUCCCCGAAAACCGAUUUGUUUGUGAAGCGCACAGACUACUAUUAUUGGGACGCCUACCACCCAACGCAGACACUUGCAAAAGGGGUGGCGGACAGCAUGUGCAACGGCUCCCCACCAUCCGUUGCUCCCAUCAACUUCAAUCAAUUAUGGAGGUCUUAGGAAGAGAAAGUUAUGUUGAACGCUUUGCUUUUGGCAUGAGUGCAGGUCUUUAGAAUUUGUUUUCAGUCUUUUAUUUUUUCAUUCUUUUCCAUUCCUCUGCGGAUGGAGUCCAACAUGCUUAUCAAAGGAACUGGCAUUUUGUUGGCCAUGAUCCCGCCUUGAAUAUUUGUUUCCUCCCUUUAUAAAUGA